AUGUGUUCCCUCGAUCGGGUAAACCCCCGACAGCGCAUCCUCUUCAUCGACGCCUUUGACUCCUUCUCCAACAACAUCAUCGGACUUCUGGAACAAUACCUCGACGUCGACGUGGUAGUCGUCCACAUUGACGAUCGAGAGGCCUCCCGUAAAUUCACCACUCUUGUCGACGAAUUUGAUGCUGUCGUCGUAGGCCCCGGUCCCGGACACCCGUCUAAUCCGGACGACGUCGGUCUGAUUGACCAGGUGUGGCGACUGGAAGGCCAUCAUGAGAUACCCGUUCUGGGCAUCUGUCUGGGCUUCCAGUCACUGUGUCUUUCGCAGGGGGCGAAUGUGAGUCGACUGGCACGCGCGAGGCACGGCAUCGUCAACAGUGUGGCGCACGGUGACUGCGACAUCUUUGCUGGUGUGGGCAGUCUCCGCGCAACACAGUAUCACUCGCUGCGCGUGCAGGUUGCGCCGCCUGCGCAAGAGGAGCCCUUCUGGUCUCCCACGGAUGCGUGCCCCCUCAUGAUCCCGCUGGCAUGGGACCUGGAUGACAAUGUCAACGGCCCUAUUCUCAUGGGAGCCAGACAUGCUACGAGACCGCUCUGGGGCGUGCAGUUCCACCCAGAGUCGAUAUGUACGUCUGAUGAGGGGCGGAUACUGCUCCAGAAUUGGUGGUCGCAUUCACAGAGAUGGCUCGAGAAGAGAGGCAGGAAACGGUUGCCUGUGACAUGGUGCGCCAAAUCACCACUGCCGAACGGGACUGCGACUAGAUCAGGAGGACAUGCUCUGGCUCAGGAGCUGCAGUCGGACAAGCCUAUAUCUUUGCUCUGGAAGAAGCACGCGGUGCUAUCUACCCUCACUGCACCGCGCCUUGUCGAGGCCCUUGGACAGACUCGGGGGCGGGAUAUCAUCGUGCUCGAUUCACAGGGCCACGCAUCUGGCCGGUAUAGCAUUCUUGGUCUCGUGAUUCCGGGAAGAACAGUCAAGGUGACAUACAGGGUAUCGUCACAGACGCUGCAGUACGGAACAGAAGGGGGCAAGACGACAACGGCUCAGCUACGCUCAGUGGACGACAUAUGGUCCCUGUUUCAGGAGGUUCUCGACAGGAACAACCCAAGGAAAACCCAGCCAGCAGCGUCUCACGGCGGGCCAUUGCCAGAUGACAGUCCCUUUUGGGGUGGCUUCAUGGGCUACCUGUCCUACGAGGUCGGACUAGAGACGAUUGGCGUGGAGCCGCAUCCGGCGAGCGACUCCCUAUUUUCAGACGAUGAGUCGUGGGUCGACGAGACAGGUCGACUAGUAAGCGAGCUGCGACCAGAAGACGACGUGAGAGCAGACACGGAAGCGCUGCUGGACGAAGCGCUGCUGGACGAAGCCCUGGCCCGAGCAGACACGACACGACCAGCCGAAGAUGCCUACCGGGACAAGGUGCUGCAGUGCCAAGGAUACCUUUCAUCUGGAGACUCGUACGAGCUGUGCCUGACAGACGAGACGACCAUGGAAGUACCACGCGAUAGCCUGGACGGGUGGGCACUGUACCGGCGACUGCGGCAGAAUAACCCUGCGCCGUUCGGCGCCUUCAUUCGACUAUCCGGGACGACAGUCGUGGGCAGCAGCCCAGAGAAGUUCCUCAGCUGGACGCGCACGGGACACUGCCAAUUUCGACCUAUCAAGGGCACCGUGAAGAAGAGUGCCGAGAUGACGCGCGAGAGGGCCCACGCCAUUCUAUCCAGUUCCAAGGAGAGGGCGGAGAACUUGAUGAUUGUGGACCUUAUCCGGCACGACCUGAGCGGCGUCGUAGGUGCGCACAACACGUCUGUGUCCAAGCUCAUGGUCAUGGAGGAGUACGAGACGGUCUACCAGCUCGUAUCCGUGAUAGACGGCCGCUUCGAUACCGGAUCAACCAGCGGGAUCAACGUCCUCAAGGCCUCCCUACCUCCGGGGUCCAUGACGGGUGCUCCCAAGAAGCGCUCGUGUGAGAUUCUGCGCGACAUCGAGAACCGGUCUCGUGGCAUCUACUCUGGUGUGCUGGGGUUCAUGGACGUAGGGGGAGCAGGACAGUUCUCCGUCGUCAUACGUACCGCCGUACGAGGGGAGACGGACCCCGAAAAUUCCGAGUCGGACACCUGGCGUGUCGGUGCUGGCGGAGCCGUUACUAUACAGUCUACCGAUGAUGGGGAGUUUCACGAGAUGGAGGCUAAGCAGUCGAGUGUUUUGGCAUCGCUUUUUCGACGGAAAGAUGCAUGA